AUGGUCUGGUUCAAAGUACAUGUACAGCAGGCAUUGUACCACAGCACGUUGAUCAUUCCUCCUGCUCUCACUAUCAAUGCGUCUCCUCCGAAUGCAACUUGGAAGUAUGGCCACUAUGAUGCUGCUAUUUUCACUGUUGAUGACACCAGAUGUGAAGAAUGGCCCACUAGUGGGCUUAAAGGCCAUGCUGUUGUGGAGGUGCACCUUAUCAUGCAACCACUUCCUCUACAAGGAAAAACUAGUAGUGCUUCUUGGGCUGCGCGUUUCCUUACUUAUGUUCAAUGGCUGGAUGUCAUGCCUCAGCAACAUGGCAACUUACUGGAACACACAAUGCAAAUGCAUGUUUUAAAAUGUGCAAUGUGA